AUGGACGUGGACGUGGACGUGGACGUGGACGUGGACAUGGAGGUGGACGUGGACAUGGACGUGAACGUGGACGUGGACGUGGACGUGGACCUGGUCGUGGACGUGGACAUGGACGUGGACGUGGACGUGGACCUGGACGUGGACGUGGACGUGGACAUGGACGUGGACGUGGACGUGGACAUGGACAUGGACGUGGACGUGGACGUGGACGUGGACCUGGACGUGGACUUGGACGUGGACAUGGACGUGGACGUGGACAUAGACAUGGACGUGGAUGUGGACGUGGACAUGGACGUGGACGUGGACAUGGACGUGAACGUGGACGUGGACGUGGACGUGGACCUGGUCGUGGACGUGGACGUGGACGUGGACGUGGACCUGGACGUGGAUGUGGACGUGGACGUGGACGUGGACAUGGACGUAGACGUGGACGUGGACGUGGACAUGGACGUGGGCAUAGACACGUGGACGUGGACAUGGACGUGGACGUGGACAUGGACGUGGACGUGGACCUGGUCGUGGAACGUGGACGUGGACGUGGACCUGGACGUGGACGUGGACGUGGACGUGGACGUGGACAUGGACGUAGACGUGGACGUGGACGUGGACAUGGACGUGGACGUCGGACGUGGACAUGGACGUGGACGUGGACGUGGACGUGGACGUGGACAUGGACGUGGACGUUGGACAUGGACCGUGGACGUGGACAUGGACGUGGACGUGGACAUGGACGUGGACAUGGACUGUGGACGUGGACGUGGACUGGUGGACAUGGACGGUGGACGUGGACGUGGACGUGGACGUGGACACGUGGACGUGGACAUGGACGUGGACGUGGACAUGGACGUGGACAUGGACGUGGACGUGGACGUGGACGUGGACAUGGACGUGGACGUGGACAUGGACGUGGACGUGGACGUGGACGUGGACAUGGACGUGGACGUGGACAUGGACGUGAACGUGGACGUGGACGUGGACGUGGACCUGGUCGUGGACGUGGACGUGGACGUGGACGUGGACCUGGACGUGGACGUGGACGUGGACGUGGACGUGGACGUGGACGUGGACAUGGACGUAGACGUGGACGUGGACGUGGACGUGGACAUGGACGUGGACGUGGACGUGGACAUGGACGUGGACAUGGACGUGGACGUGGACAUGGACGUGGACAUGGACGUGGACGUGGACGUGGACAUGGACGUGGACGUGGACAUGGACGUGAACGUGGACAUGGACGUGGACCUGGUCGUGGACGUUGACGAGGACGUGGACCUGGACCAGGACGUGGACGUGGACGUGGACGUGGACGUGGACAUGGACGUAGACGUUGACGUGGACGUGGACGUGGACGUGGACAUGGACGUGGACAUGGACGUGGACGUGGACAUGGACGUGGGCAUAGACGUGGACGUGGACGUGGACGUGGACGUGGACGUGGACGUGGAGAUGGACGUGGACGUGGACGUGGACGUGGACAUGGACGUGGACGUGGACGUGGACGUGGACGUGGACAUGGACAUGGACGUGGAAGUGGACGUGGACGUGGACGUGGACAUGGACGUGGACGUGGACAUGGACGUGGACGUGGACGUGGAGGACGUGGACGUGGAGGACUUGGACGUGGACGUGGACAUGGACGUGGACGUGGACGUGGACAUGGACGUGGAGGACUUGGACGUGGACGUGGACGUGGUCGUGGACGUGGACGUGGACGUGGACGUGGUCGUGGACGUGGACGUGGUCGUGGACGUGGACAUGGUCGUGGACGUGGACGUGGAUGUGGACGUGUACGUGGACGUGGACAUGGACGUGGACGUGGACGUGGACAUGGACGUGGACAUGGACGUGGACAUGGACGUGGACGUGGACGUGGACGUGGUUGUGGACGUGGACGUGGACAUCGACGUGGACGUGGACAUGGACGUGGACGUGGACGUGGACGUGGACAUGGACAUGGACGUGGACGUGGACGUGGACGUGGACGUGGACUUGGACAUGGACGUGGCCGUGGACGUGGACGUGGACAUGGACGUGGACGUGGACGUGGACGUGGACGUGGACGAGGUCGUGGACGUGGACGUGGACGUGGACAUGGACGUGGAUGUGGACGUGGACGUGGACAUGGACGUGGACGUGGACGUGGACGUGGACAUGGACAUGGACAUGGACGUGGACGUGGACGUGGACGUGGUCGUGGACGUGGACGUGGACGUGGACUUGGACGUGGACGUGGACGUGGACGUGGACGUGGACAUGGACGUGGACGUGGACGUGGACGUGGACGUGGACUGGACAUGGACAUGGACGUGGACGUGGACGUGGACGUGGACGUGGACAUGGACGUGGAUGUGGACGUGGACGUGGACAUGGACGUGGACGUGGACGUGGACUUGGACGUGGACGUCGACAUGGACGUGGACGUGGACGUGGACGUGGACGUGGACGUGGACAUGGACGUGGACGUGGACGUGGACGUGGACGUAG